UCAAAGUUGAAGAAAUGAAAUCCCCAAGGAGAACCACUUUGUGCUUCAUUUUUGUUGUAAUUUAUUCUUCCAAAGUUGUGCUGAACUUAGAGUCUGUAGUUUAUCCUUUGAGUCUCCAUGAACAUGAUCCAGCUAAUGAAGAGCUACUAAGGCAAAAACGAGUUGUUGCCACUAGCAGACCUACAGCUGAAGAGUACACUGUGGAUAUUGAGAUCAGUUUGGAAAAUGCAUCCUUCUUGGAGCCUAUCAAAACCUACCUGAACAGCCUUAGCUUUCCAAUUCCAGGGAACAGCAAUGUCCCAGCUGCUGACAUUUUAAGCAUGGAGGUGACAACAGUCUGCAGACCUGCUGGAGAUGAAGUUUGGUGCUCCUGUGAGAAAGGAUAUGGGUGGCCGCAGGAAAGGUGCCUCCAUCAUCUCACCUGCCAAAAACACAGCAGUUCUGCUCCAGGACACCACUGCAGUUGCCUCAAAGAACUGCCUCCCAAUGGACCUUUUUGCCAGUUCCAGGGAGCAGAUGUUAUCCUGAGAAUGUCAGUUAGGCUAAAUGUGGGCUUUCAAGAAGACCUCAGGAACACAUCCUCCGCCCUCUACCGAUCCUACAAGACUGACUUGGAAACAGCUUUCUGGAAGGGUUACAGAAUUUUACCAGGCUUCAAAAUGGUAACUGUAACAGGAUUCAGGCCUGGAAGCGUGGUUGUGAAGUAUGAAGUCACAGCAACAGCAGUGUCACCUGAAUUAAUACACAAAGCCAACGAGCAAGUCCUGCAGAACCUCAAUCAGACCUACAAAAUGGAUUACAAUUCCUUUCAAACAGUCACAAGCAAUGAAACUAAGUUCUUUGUCACACCAGAAAUCAUCUUUGAAGGGGACACAGUAAGACUGACAUGUGAAACUGAGGUUAUGUCUUCCAACGUGUCUUGGCAACAUGUAGAAAGGCGCUUCGAUAUUCAAAACAGCAGUAGAUUCUCAGUAUAUACCACUGUGCUCAACAACAUGACCUCAGUAUCUCACCUCACCAUUUACAACAUCUCAAGGGGUGAUGCUGGUGAAUAUGUCUGCAAACUGAUGUUGGAUAUCUUUGAAUAUGAGGCCAGGAAAAAAAUAGAUGUUGUACCUAUUCGAAUUUUGGCAAGUGAGGAAAUGAAGGUGAUGUGUGACAACAAUCCUGUAUCGUUGAAUUGCUGCAGUGAGAAUAAUGCUAAUUGGAGCACAGUAGAAUGGAAGCAGGAAGGAAAAAUUAGCAUUCCAGGAGAGUCUGAAACAGACCUGGAGUCUAGUUGCAGCAGAUACACCCUCAAGGCUGAUGGAACACAAUGCCUGAGUGGGUCCGCUGGAACAACAAUCACCUACACAUGUGAGUUCGUUAGUGCACACGGAGCCAGAGGCAGUAAGAACAUAGAAGUGACAUUCAUCUCUGUGGGAGAUAAUUCCAGCCACAAAAGGGAAGUGCACGAGUUCCUCGGGCAUGUGAUGGAAGUGAGUACAGUUCAGAGCACCACCGGGAACAGCCUAGAGACAAGUAAAGCCCAGGAGCAGCAAGCCAACAUAACAAUAACCCCGGACCCAAUUUCUGUUUCUGAGGGACAAAACUUUUCUAUAAAAUGCAUCAGUGAUGUGAGUAACUAUGAUGAGGUAUACUGGAACACUUCUGCUGGAAUUAAAAUAUAUCAAAGGUUUUAUACCACGAGAAGGUUCCCCGACGGAGCAGUAUCAGAACUGACAGUCAAGACCUCCACCAGGGAGUGGAAUGGAACCUAUCACUGCAUAUUUAGAUAUAAGAAUUCAUACAGCAUUGCAACCAAGGAUGUCACUGUUCACCCACUGCCUCUACAGCCAAACAUUAUGUUGGAUCCUCUGGAAGCCAGUAUUUCAUGCGGAAGUUCCCACAGCACCAGGUGCUGCGUAGAGGACAAUGAAGAUUACAUAGUCACUUUCCACAUGGGUCCCUUAUCCUUUCCUGCUGCAAAAGAAGUCAAUGGAAAGCAAGUGUGCUACAAACAUGAUUUGAUGGCAAACUCAAUUUCGCGUUGUCCAGAGAGUAUUGAUAUGUUUUGUCGCUUUACUAAUGCUGCUAAUAAUUCAGUCCAGAGCCAAUCUAUCAAGCUGAAUGUGGUCCCAGGAAAGAACAUCACAUGCCAAGAUCCCAUCAUAGGUGCUGGGGAACCUGGGAAAGUUAUCCAGAAACUGUGCCGAUUCACCAGUGCUUCCAACAGACCUGGCAGUCUUGGUGGGGUCAUCACUUAUGAAUGUGUAGGCUCCAAGUGGAAGAUGAACAGGAAUGACUGCAUCUCUGCCCCUAUAAAUAGUCUGCUACUGUUGGCCAAGGCCUUGAUCAAAAGCCCUUCCCAGGAUGAGAAGCUCCCCACAUACCUGAAAGCUCUUUCAACCAGCACAGUCAAAGCGAAACAUGAAAUCAGCUCAUUUCCUGGGAGCCUGGGAGCCAUUAUUAAUAUUCUAGAUUUGCUCUCAACAGUUCCCACUCAAGUGAAUUCAGAAAUGAUGAUGCAUGUGCUUGCCACCAUUAAUGUCAUCCUCAGCAAGAAUGUCUUGAGCACCUGGAAGGUUUUACAAGAGCAACGAAGCGACCAAAGUUCACAGCUCCUGCAUUCUGUGGAAAGAUUUUCGCAAGCCCUCCAGUCUAGGGAUAGCACCUCUUUGUCCCUGUCCCACCCUAAUGUGCAGAUGAGGAGCAUGGUGAUAAAAUCUGGUCACCCCAAGCCAUAUCAACAGAGAUUUGUUUUCCCAGAGUCUGACCUCUGGGGCAAUGUGGUCAUUGACAAGUGUCAGCUGGAAAACAUGCAGCCUGACUCAUCUAUUGUCACUGUGGCUUUUCCAACUCUCAAAACCAUCCUUGCUCAGGAUGGUCAGAGAGAUGAUUUUGCAAAUAGUUUGGUGAUGACAACUACCGUCAGCCACACUAUAGCCACACCAUUCAGGAUUUCCAUGAUUUUUAAGAUCAACGAUCCUACAGCUGGGAACCCGCAGUGUGUCUUCUGGAAUUUCAGUCUUGCCAACAACACAGGAGGGUGGGACAGCAGUGGAUGCUAUGUCAAAGAAAUGGACCGGGACAGUGUCUUCUGCACCUGUGACCAUCUGACAUCAUUCUCCAUCCUCAUGUCCCCAGACUUGCCAGACUCUGACUCCCUCUUGAAGAUACUGCUGGAUAUAAUUUCCUACAUUGGAUUGGGAUUCUCUAUCUUGAGCCUAGCGGCCUGUCUAGUGGUGGAGGCAAUGGUGUGGAAAUCAGUCACCAAAAACCGAACUUCCUACAUGCGCCAUAUCUGCAUAGUAAACAUUGCUGCCUCCCUUCUGGUUGCUGACACCUGGUUCAUUGUAGCCACUGCCAUCCAUGACUAUUACUACCCACUCAACAAGACAGCCUGUGUGGCUGCAACUUUCUUCAUCCACUUCUUCUACCUCAGUGUCUUCUUCUGGAUGUUGGCGCUGGGCCUCAUGCUCUUCUAUCGCCUGGUUUUCAUCCUGCAUGAUGCAAGCAAGUCCAUUCAGAAAGCCAUUGCCUUUUCUCUUGGCUAUGGCUGUCCCCUUGUCAUCUCAGUCAUCACAGUGGGGGCCACCCAGCCACAGGAAGUCUACACGAGGAAGAAUGCCUGUUGGCUCAACUGGGAUGACACCAAGGCCCUGCUUGCCUUCGUCAUCCCAGCCCUGAUCAUUGUGGUGGUCAAUGUGACCAUCACAGUGGUGGUCAUCACCAAGAUUUUAAGACCUUCCAUUGGAGACAAGCCAAGCAAACAAGAAAAGAGCAGCCUAUUUCAGAUCAGCAAGAGCAUCGGGGUCCUCACACCACUCUUGGGACUCACAUGGGGUUUUGGUCUUGCUACUGUGUUCCAAGGGAGCAAUGCUGUGUUCCAUAUCAUAUUUACUCUCCUCAAUGCCUUCCAGGGAUUAUUCAUUUUGCUGUUUGGAUGCCUCUGGGAUCAGAAGGUUCAGGAAGCUUUGCUGAAUAAGUUUUCAUUGUCAAGAUGGUCUUCUCAACAUUCAAAGACAACAUCUCUAGGUUCAACCACACCUGUAUUUUCUAUGAGCUCUCCAAUAUCAAGAAGAUUUAACAAUUUAUUUGGUAAAACAGGAACAUAUAAUGUCUCCACCCCAGAAACAACCAGCUCAUCUCUGGAAAACUCGUCCAGUGCGUAUUCUUUGCUCAACUAAGAACAGGAAAAUCCAACCCAUGUGACCUCUUCAAAUAUGGAUGUGUCUCUGAAAACCAGACCUUCUUGGAGUCAUGGUAAAGUGUUCUCUCGCAGGCCUCUGGGAGCAAACCCUGAAGACUUUCUUGCUAGAGAAGACUCUUUUGUAAAGACAAACUAAAAGUCACUGUUAUUCUCCUUUCUGCUCCCUCCUCCUGCCCCUGGUAUACCCAAAUGUGUAUAGUAUUUAAGAAAAUUCAAGUCUCCCAGGUCAAACUUCUUGUCUAUAUUGUAAAAUGACAUUUUAAAGAGACAUUUUCACUUUUCAUAUGUGGGACACAAAGAUAAGCUUUUAUUAAAAUAAUAAGUAAAGAAGUAGUGGCUAGGAAAUAAUUCCAGUGAAUUCUAGGAAGGGAGAGAAAGGUAGAGGAAGAGGAGAGAAGGAGCAGAAAAAAAGGAAAAAGAAAGAAACAGAAAAAAAUAACAAAGGAAAACAACAUUAAAGAUCACAUGUUACGAUCUAGCAUAAGCUCUCAGAUACCAAACCAUUAAGAAUUUUUCAGUUGACUCAAAAAUGGAAACUAGGAGUAAACCAUUGAGAAUGGGUUUAAUAUCAUCCUAAUAUUUUCUUAGCCAAGAAUGGGGGGAAAGGGAGGAGGAAAUUACAUUAUCAGGAUGUUUUCAUGUGGGUAAUGACAUUUCCAAGAAUUGUAAGUGGAAGGAGACUUGAUUCCCCUGAUGCUAUGCAGGUGCAUAUGUUCCUAUGCACAUCCAGGUUUGGGCUAAGCUCACUGAGUGUGCAGAGGAAGUUAAUAACAAUUCCUGAUCAGAACGAAGCAGGUUCAACUGUGAUUAGCUGUUUUACAUUUUAUCAGAAAAGCUUUAUGUUUUAUUUUGCUCCACAUUUUGAA